AUGUCGAAACGCAAGUCGCCGCACGACUUCCUCUUCAGAGAAGAGCUAGGGCAUGGGUCGUACUCAACGGUGUACCGAGUGGUAGAGAGGUCAAGCCAGCACCAAUAUGCGAUCAAGAUAUGCUCUAAACGGCACAUUAUCGGCGAGAACAAGGUCAAGUACGUGACUAUCGAGAAAAACACUCUGAACCUGCUGGGCCAGGCGAACCACCCGGGGAUCAUCAAGCUGUACUACACGUUCCAUGACCAAGAGAACCUGUACUUUGUGAUGGACCUGGCGCCCGGAGGCGAGCUGCUGCAGCUGCUGCGCCGGCAGCGGGUGUUCAGUGAGGCAUGGGCGCGGCACUACAUGUGCCAGCUGGUGGACACGGUGGAGUACAUUCACUCGAUGGGGGUCAUACACCGGGACCUGAAGCCAGAAAAUGUGCUGCUGGAUAAGGAGGGUCGUCUCAUGAUUGCUGACUUUGGGGCUGCAUAUACGGUGGGGCAGUCAGACGCCGGAAGCGAUGGGGACAAGCCUGCUACCUCGUUUGUUGGAACGGCAGAGUACGUCUCACCAGAGCUGCUGCUCGAGAAUAAAUCGUACUACAGUUCUGACGUAUGGGCUCUGGGCUGCAUGCUGUAUCAGUUUUUGCAGGGCACCCCGCCGUUCCGUGGUCAAAACGAGAUGGAGACUUUCGAGCAGAUUGUCAACCUAGACUACACCUGGCGGAUACCGGCAAACCCACUAGCGGCUGGCCUUGUUUCAAAAAUACUGGUGCUGGACCCAUCGCAGCGAUAUACGCUUGAGCAAAUAAAGAAACACAAAUGGUUUUCUGGUGUAGAUUGGAACAAUAAAGAGAAGAUAUGGCGGGGAUCUUGGACGAUAGCGUCAGAAUCGACACCACGGCCGCGAGUGGGCUACAAGUCGCGAGAGUUAUUGGAUACGCCGAUAAAGAAUAUUCCAGUAGUGACUCAGAGAAAUAAAAAACCAACUAAAAUGAACACCACAUCUAGUAUAGUGGAAUGGAGGAAGAUGCUGGGCUUGAGCGGCAAUGAUUUGGGGAUUAAGGCCACCUUGGGUGGAAAUGGUUUGCCCAUUGCCCCUUUCACGCCGACAUCUGGCAUAACUCCUGAUAACAGAGGCGAUAAUGCAGUUGCGCCUGCGAAAACGAGGGAUGCAUUUCGCCCCAUGAGUAGCCGAGUUAUUUCUUCACCGCAUAGUAAACCGUCUGGCCGGCCAGCUGCGCUUCCUUUGCCGCUUCAGACGGGCACACCGUCGCAUAACGUAGUACAGCAGAUAGUGGUCAACACUCCUGGCCGUACAGAGACCAGUUCUCCCUAUGUUUCGCCCACUGUCCCAGUAAGGAAUGCUAUUUGGAAGCAGGAUUGGGUACAGCUACAUGAAAUACCUUACUCUGCGAAGUAUUCAGGUCUAACUUUGGCAGGGUUCAGUCAGGUAUCGGACACCCUGAUUGCGGAUCUUAUCUCCCAUCAUGCAAACGAGCUACGGACACUGUCCCGGACAGGCAUACUUUCGCUUGACAAUACGGGCUAUCUAUCUUUCAUUGAGCAGGGCCGUGCCAGACCUCUGUCGAGGAUCAUAGACCCUGACUUAUCCAUAUAUGAGUACCAGCUGGGACACUCUACAGAAGAUGAUUUCUUGAUACUGGAGAAAUACAAGCAGAGUAUUUGGAUAGUUUGGCCGAACAAACCCACCUCGGCUUCUCGGCGGAUUCCUAUCAAGGAGACGUGGGCACAAACUCUUUCUAAGUACAAGAAGCAGGUUUCGGAUGAGGAAGAAUUGUCCGCAAAGUUGAAUAGAACGUGUGUUUCAUCAUGGGGAAGCAGGACUCCUUCACCAACCUACCCAGCCGAAGGCAAGACCCGCGUGGCCGUACAACCGCAGGACAUCCCGCUGCCGUCGCCUGCAAAGAGCUCUAGCAAUUCUGGUGUCUCCGAGCCAAUUAGUAAAAUUCCACCUAGGCAGCUCGUCUCUGCGAGCGAACAGAGCCAUAAAGCUAAAAGUGAAGCGCAUACUAAAAAGGCAAACAGUUAUUCAUACAUUGCCCCUAAUGAUAUGGUUCUGUCUAGUAGUAGGUACGAAGUCUUGAGGACGGCGAGUAAUAACGAUAGUAAGAGCAAUGGCGCGGCCGUAAGCGGCGCCAGCGCAGCAUUUAGAACUUUACGGGUGAAUAAGUAA